UGGAGAUGUACAUACUAAUUUCAAAUUAUUUUAAUCCUUUCUCAUUUUUGAUAUUUUUUCGAUGAAUCCUUUCUUGCUUUGAAUAUUCUAAUCAGCUAAAACUUGUAUUUGUUUAGAGUCUGAAAUGGAAUCAUCACUUAAUGUUAGGAUUGAAAAGGUAUUGGACAAGUUGAUAGAUCCGAAUUUCAACCUGAAAAAUGAUUCAUAUCUCAACUUACUGCUGACCCAUUUGACCACCAAAGUGACAGAUAAUGAUGCAGAAGCUGGUCAAGAUAGGUCAAUUCGUCAAUUUUUAUUGGAUUGGUGCUCGAAUGUUACUACAAAAUGGGCGGAAACUAAGGAAAUUCCUAAACCUGAAGUUUUGGCCUUCACAAUGAAUUUGCUAAGCACUUUGUGCUCCACUGAAAAAAUAUUUAUCGAACUGAAAAAUGCGAACAUUUUCGAAUCGUUGCUCCAUUUAUCAACCUCAAGUAUGGCAUCCCCUCCGCAACCCAACGUCGAGCUGGCACUUGUGAAGUUGUUGUUAUCAUUCACAGAUCACGAAACUGGAUGGGAGUGGAUGAUGACUGCAAAUCAUUGGAAAAUCAUUUUGAACUCAGCUUUAAAUGCACACACUGUUUACAUUUCGAAGGAAGGAUGUAAAUGCAUCGCCAAAUUACUUGUAGUAGCAGGUCUCAAGUACGGCACACUUUGUAAAGCGAUCAUACAGUUUAUCUUAACACCCCUGAUUGAAGCUUCCAAUAAGCUGACGACAAAUGAUUUGCUUGCGAAGACAAAUGAUGCCUUGGAUAAAUCUUCAGCUCCUCAUCUACAACUUGUGGUUGAAAUGCUGCUCAAAUCAUUGGAAAAUCAAGUACGCUCCAACGAAAAAGAGUACAUUUGGAUGGUUGCUGAGGAGUGUGGCCUGGAAAAAUGUGUCCAAAAAUUGAUAUCGCAAACUGAAAAUGAGGAUUCCAUUCAUAACUUAUACAAAAUAUUGAUUAUUUUGUGUUUCUUCGACAUGCACUUCAAGUCUCACAAGAAAAAAAUUAUUCGUUGUGGAGAAAUCGAUAUGACAGUGAAAUUGUUUGAGGUUCUGUAUGAUGCUGUAUCGAAAGGACCAGUGAAAACUGUAUACAAAAUAAUCUUAUCCAGUCUAGAUUAUUGGAAAAUUAUGGAAGAAACUUCUCCGGUGUGGUUGUCUCCAAAACUGAUUGACUUGUCAUUCGAAGAUCAGCUAAUGAUUCUACAGAUACUUCCGGCCACCUCGUUCAAUAUAAAGAAAAUAAGAUCCUGUUUGGAAAAACUUGAAGAACAGGAUGAGUGUCGGACUCGUUUCAUGCAGAAGUUUGUAGAUCGUAUAGCCCCAGCCACAUUGAGGAUUUUUUAUAAGUGGAGAGACUAUUUAUAUCAUAACGAUUCAUUCUCUCAGGGAACGGUGGCGUUGAAGUAUUUCUUGCACUCAAAAAAGUAUUACAAACGUGAUAAUGCUAUAUUUGCAUUUGGUUGUUUCACGCGUACUUUGGUGGACAUAACUUUUUGCAUGGAGAAUUAUCCUGAUCUGAUACCUUUCUUCUUGAGCGAGCCCGAAUACUUGGCGCUCCUUUUAGAGACUAUUACUAUAAUCAUUGAGGACUUUGGCAUCACUUGGAAAGACAGUUCGGAUACAUUUUGCAUCUUGAAAGUUGUAUAUCACUUUUUGGAAAAAUUCACCUUACCACCAAGGGUAGUUGUAAAAGGGUUAAAACUUGCCGAUGAAGCUUUAUCUCGGUAUAUGAGUCCUCAUUUGGCUUUGUUGAUUGAUAAGAUUGACUGUACGACAAUAAUACCAUUAGCCUCUCUACUUUAUGUGAAAUUACAUGAUGGUGAGUGGGAAAUCAGAGACUCUUCCAUAGAACUGAUUUGUACAUUGAUUAAGACUGCAAGUACAGAAUUCUCCUCAUUGCGGAAACCAGUCUCAGAAAAUGAUUUUCCAUGUGUGAUUCUCAAUAUGGCGUCUGUAGAUGGAAAUUCAUUCGUCAGAGCAACAGCUCUUAAAUGUUUACAAGAAAUGAUUAAAAUUGAUGAAUUUUGGGAAGCAUUAUCGACCAAGGGCAAUAUCCUGGAAAAGUCUUUGGAGAUUUUACACAUGGAAACAGAAGGGAUAGUUCGGACUGAGGCAGCCGUUUUGGUUCAUUGUAUGUACCGUCACCAAAAUAUUCCAGAAAGUAUGCUGGAUAAAUUCUAUGAUGUAAUGACUCACGCAGUCGUUGCAGAUUUGCAUUGGGAAGUACGAGUGAAGGCAUUACAUUUCUGGAAAUCGGUUAUAGAUCAUCACUUGACCCAACAAGGCAUGAUAGACGGAACAUUUCCUUCUGUCACCUUCUCCAAAGAGCAUAGAAAAAUAGUGAAUUUGAGCGAAGCUCAGAUAAAAAAGGGGUUACACCAAGUUUUGCGUCAGCUCUCGCUGAACGGCGCAUUGGCUGUGUUUCAUUCUGCUUUGCAAGAUCAGUGCGAUAUACAAGUUAGAAAGUAUGCUACAAAUACCAUUAGGGACUUUGUAGCUUUGCUAAAAAAGUAUAGUGUUGCACCAGAAGUGCCUCCAGCUACUGCUGCUUCGAAGAAACCGCUUCGAAACGAUACUUCCGGUUCAAUGGCCAGUUCCUGUUCCCGAUCGGAAACGGGUCCUAGCUCAGUGGAUGAUAUUUUACCAAGUAGAAUAUCUUGCGACGAUGUAGGAGACUUGGACAAACUUCUAGAAGAAAUUCUGGACUCGCAAGAUAUUAACUUAUUACAAUCUGUCUUCAACUCUCUUGAUCAACCAACUCAUGAUUACAUUCAGAUGAAAGGUCGAACGGUCUUGUCGCCAAGUGAGUUCGUGAAUUUUGUUUAUUCCAACUUUGAAUUUUGCACGAACGAAAGAGUGGAGUGGGUCGAAGUAAUUGAUAGUUUCAGUUCACUUUUAGAUGACAUUCUGAAAGAUUAUGAUAAAGAUGACGUUAACAGUAUGGACUGUUACUGAAGAAUACAGAAGUGAGUUUCUGGAAAGGCUGUGCCAAAGUUUUGAUAUACAUAUUUUUAGCAAAUGAAUUGAUUUAAUUCAUUCCAAUCAGUAUUUGAAGUAAAAAUAUCAGAUUAUAUGGGAAAUAAUAUAAGUUACAUAAAUGUUAUACCUCUAAGGUUUGGGGAUAUCGACAGGUACUUUUGAGGUUAUAUGAUCUCAUCAAACAAACAAGAACCAAAUUUGAAUUUCCAGUGGGAUUCAUAAAACUUAAUACAUCGUCAAUUUAGUUAUGACACUUCAUAAAUACAUAUACAUAUUUUUUAAGUUGGGCUGGAAAGUUCGUAGGCUGAAACAUUUUUUCAAAAUGAAAUUUGAUUUUAUUAUUCAGUAUAGUUGCCUUUGAGAGUCUCGAAGUAGGCCUCAGUUUCGACGAUUACCUCUUCAUUUGCGCUCAAUUUAUUUCCAGCGAGCAUUCUCUUGAGAAAAGUCGCUGGAGACCAGGUCUGGAGAAUACAGUGGGUGCGGAAGCAAUUCGAAGCUCAAUUCAUGCAAUUUUGUCAUCGUUUUCAUAGAUUUAUGACACGGUGCAUUCUCUUG